GAUUGAACUGUUACUAUGAGAGAUGUUAUGAUUAUUAUACUUUAAUAAUCAUGUUAGACAGCACCUUUAUUUGCUAUUCUUACAUUAGUAAUUAAUUUCAUUUUGAUUUAAUGAUUAUUUCAUUUUAUGUUUUCUGUAAGGCAGUAAGCCAGUUGAAUCAUUAUCAGUACCUUAAUGGAACCUAUGUUACUAUCACUGUGCACCGGUUUAUUGGUGUAUUGAUUAUUAAUUAUUAUUGUUACUUUGUAAUUUUAAGCCAAUGGUUUCUUACGAAGUUCAAUGCCAUAAUUAAUACUAGAUAUAAUGAACCAAUCGGUCAGUUGUGUUUGCACCUCGCAAUGGCUGUACUUUCAUGGUUGCUAUUAUUGUUUUAUGCUAACUAACUAUUAUUUUUAUGAUUGUUGAUAUGAUUAUAUGGAUCUUAUAAUUAAUACUACUUUACUUUAUUUUACUAGCUUGAUGUGUGCUGGCAUCUAUUGCCCGGUCAAGUUGGGGGUUAAGAUAUAGUUUGGUAUAAUUUCCUAGUUCCUAUUCGAAUUAAAUUAUUUUGUCGUUGAAGUCAACAUCAUCUCUCUGACUGUUAUUUCUCCUCUGUUUACAUAUAAUUCUGCAAGAAUGAACUUCUAUAAGCCAACAACCGAUCUCACUGACUCCAAGAUCACCGAGAAGGCAAAGGCGACUAUGCAACGCGUUAUGCAGCCUACCAAGAAACAGAAAGUUGAAAUUGGGCCAAAUGCUAGCGCAUCGUUCACGCCAACACUACGACCUAUUAUGGAGAAUGCAGAAACUGAGAGACAUGUUGUCGCACAGAGGUGGAACGGGAAAACAUAUAUCUGCAUCCGCGAAUACUACCGAAAAGAAGACCGUGGAAAAUUUUUCCCUAGUAGAAAGGGAAUUAAUCUUUCUAUAAAUCAAUGGUAUCAAAUGCUACGACGAUCUAAUGAAGUUGAAGAUAUGCUACAAGAGAUCAACGGUACAGAUAAAUGUGGUGUUGGAACGGAUGAAAACGACAAUGGGAAACAUCCCGACGAAACAAACGAUGAUGAAAAGAUUAUCAACAAUGUUUUAGUUGCCCCUGAUUGUUCAUGCACAUACUCGACUGGGAUGUGUGAAAUAUGUGUAUAUUGACACACUUGUCCCGGAUGUUCAUACUGCUUAAGCCCGAAUGAUGGAGAUAACGGAUGGUAGCAACCAAUACAAUUUGACUAUGUUAAAUUAUUAAAGUCGAAUUCAAAAUGAAAGAGGAAACACGCAGAGGAAGAAAAACAAAAAUUUGAUGGUACAAAUUUCCGACAACCAGUAUAAAUGAUUUUAAUAUUUAUGCGGAUUAAUAAAAAUUACUUUAAAACUUGGAGAAUAUAUAAGCUCUUCUUAUCGAACUCUACAAGUGUAUCGAACUCUACAAGUGUUGCUUUAUCAACCAUGGCUACCCGAUUUUCUUUCAACGAUGAACCAAUCAUUAUUGGCAGCAGCAGUGAGGAUGGGCUUCCUGCUAUCGACCUAACGUCUUACAACGAACCAAUUAUUAUUAGCAGCAGCAGUGAGGAUGAGCUCCCCGCUAUAAAUUUUUCAUCGAUUAAUGAAGAACCAAUUGUUAUCAGCGACGAUGAAAUCAUUGUUAUCAGUGAUACGGAAA